GAAGCAAAACUUUGACCAUGGUGUAUACAUCUGGGAAACCCUACCAGCACCUUAUUUCUAUCAAGGUCAUCUGAAAAUGCACAGGCGCAGUGGUCAUUUUCUCUCCGUUCGUCUGGAUGAGAAAGCCUACGCGCUGCCGAUUAAGGCGUAGCGCCACGGCUCAGAACUCCACAGUUCAAGCUAUUGAUAUUGACAGCAGCAUUCAGCCUUCAACACUGUUUCUCUGCCGUUUGAACUUGACGAGAAGCUCUCUAUAGGUUCAGCAUCCCUGGACAUAUCCGAAUGCAGGAGUUUUUCUGAUAAGUCCUAACACGGAGAUAGACCUCUGAAAAGUACUUAUUCCAGUGGUUUUCCGUCUUCCCAAUAGCUCCUUCAAUCGAUAUCCUAGACUUUUGAAUCCUUCUUUUAUUUCUCAGUCAGUCACAAUAACCGUUACAAUGGUUUCCACGCUCCUUCCAUUAGUUGUCCUUGCGACUCCAGCCGUUUCUACCAUUUUGUCAAAUGGCACAUACCCAACUCCAGCACUUGAUGAACAAUUGACAUGCACCACCUCAUUUGCUGCAAUCGCACCAUACAAUGUUCUUACAUCCUCCAAGACAGAGACUUCAACCCAGAUCGAUACAAGUAUAGUCACCUAUACUCCCUCCAUCUCCUUGACCCUUCAACCAAGUACUCUUACUGUGGGAGAAUUCGCCACCACCACCGAAACAACUAUUGUUCCUCAAGUUACCGAUACAUUUUAUAGUACAUCAACUUAUCUUGCUACAACCUCUAUCACUAGUGCUGUUGUUGAGACGGAGACCGAUACUGCUACAACUACAAUCAGUGCAAGCCCAGAAACCGUUUACAUCGCAUCUCCAUAUGGCUUCACGCCGAUCGCUUCAGCUAUUCCUAAGGUAGCCAAGCGUGAUGAAUGUGGACCAGCUCAGCCUUCUCAAGCACCACUCACCGUUACAAUCACAGUAACAUCUACCCUUGUUUAUUCAAACGAUGUGUACUAUACUGUAACAAAGCCAGGCGACUGGAAUCACCAAUGGCCAAACACCUUGCAGUCUCUCACAAAAACUGCCACCGACCAUCAAUCUGCUUCAAAACCUGAGGAGCAUAGUACAGAAGUGGCUCAAUUUGCUCCAUCUAGAACUUACUCUAGAUAUCAUUACUACAACACCACAUCUAGCCACAUUGGUGCCUCUGGAUAUGCACCAUCGGCCAGUAAACCUGCGGGCACAGCUAUCAGUAGCGACGUCAGCCCACUUGAAGACCCAAGUCCUUCCAUGUACGCGCCAACUGGUGUCAUCCCUUCCGGUAGACCCAGCUUCACCCACGUUAUCAGCGCAGACCCAAGUCCUUCCAUGUACGCGCCAACUGGUGUCAUCCCUUCCAACAGACCAAACUUCACCCCCGUAAGCGCAAACUCAACUAUCAGCUCUAGCUCCGCAUCUACCCUUAUUUAUAGCACAUCUUACCCAGCAGCGGUUGAAUGCACCUCGACCUUGAACAUCGGGUCUAUCACCACAAUCACCGAAACAGCAGCAAUGGUUACCAAUCUUGCAACUCCCUAUGUCACAGAGACUUCCACCUCCACUAUAACAACAACAACAAGUGUGCUGGAAGAGGAUUGUUCCACCACCAUUGUAGCUACCGAAUAUUCAACCAUCUCAAGCAUCAUCGUAGCCACUUCUACAACAACCCUCACAGCCACCCAAACCGUCCGCGAAGUUUCCGGCGCAACCCCCACCAGCUACGCCGCUUGUGCCGCUAACAACAUUAUCUCUUCCGUUAACGGAGCACCCAUCUCACAAGUCCAGUUUCUCACAAGUGUUCUCUCUUCGUUGAAGACAAACUCUGCCUAUGACUGUUGUGUAGCAUGUCAGACCGCUCCAGGCGGUUGCGGUGGUUCGGUCUAUCUGAACAGCGGCGCUUGUUAUUUGACUUCACCAAGUUCAACUUGUGCCACUAACAGCAUCGUGACCAACAAAUUUUGGACUUCGUCAUACGCAAGCAGUUCCACUACCUUGACUGUUUCGAAUGGAAUGUGUGGACAAAUGAGCUAUAGUGCGAAUUAAGAAGGGGGAAGAGAGAUGUUUUCAGAUAUGUAUUAAUAAAUUAUAAAUUGAUAUCGCUUAGAAAUUAGAAUAAAUAAUUAAAAUUUUACAAAAAAUUAAUAAACAUAUCUAUGGGGGUUUGAGAUUUGCA